AAAAACCGUAUUCAUCCCAAUCCAUCCAAGGCUUCCGUGCCAAAUCAUCUCUCCCUUUUGUCGUAUCACACCCUUCUCCGCUAACACAACACGUCUCUCCUUCCUCUCCAAUUAAUUAAUACUCAACAAACUAACAAACAGCCUACUCAUUUCACCAUUGCUGUUUCUCCCCCAAAUCAUCUCAUCUCCAACAACCUUAUAGGUAAGAUAUGAGUUUCGCUAAAGAGUACGAGUUCUUGACGGAAAUCGGUAUCCAGCCUCGAAACUCCGGAUGUUUUGUAAACGGCGUCUGGAAAGGAAGUGGUUCCGUUGUAUCCUCUGUUAAUCCUGCUAACAACAAGCCCAUUGCUGAAGUGGUAGAAGCUUCGCCUCAAGAUUAUGAGGAGGGCAUGAAGGCUUGUUUUGAAGCCUCGAAGAUUUGGAUGCAACUUCCUGCACCAAAGCGAGGUGAGAUUGUUAGACAGAUUGGUGAUGCAUUGAGAGCCAAGCUUGAGUACCUUGGUCGGCUUUUAUCGCUUGAGAUGGGAAAGAUUCUUCCAGAAGGAAUAGGAGAAGUUCAAGAAGUUAUUGAUAUGUGUGACUUUGCUGUUGGGUUAAGCCGGCAAUUAAAUGGAUCAGUCAUACCAUCUGAACGUCCAAAUCAUAUGAUGCUCGAGAUGUGGAAUCCUCUUGGAGUAGUUGGUGUCAUUACAGCCUUCAAUUUUCCUUGUGCUGUUCUUGGAUGGAAUGCAUGCAUUGCUUUAGUCUGCGGAAAUUGUGUUGUUUGGAAAGGUGCUCCAACUACACCUUUAAUAACAAUUGCUAUGACCAAAUUAGUUGGAGAAGUGCUAGAAAAGAACAAUUUACCAGCUGCUAUUUUCACCUCGUUUUGUGGGGGUGCGGAAAUCGGUCAAGCGAUAGCAAAAGAUACGCGCAUACCUUUGGUUUCCUUCACCGGGAGUUCAAAGGUAGGUCUCUCCGUUCAACAGACUGUGAGUCAACGGUUUGGUAAAUGCCUGCUUGAGUUAAGUGGUAACAAUGCUCUCAUAGUCAUGGAUGAUGCCGACAUUAAACUCGCUGUUCGUUCUGUCUUGUUUGCUGCUGUUGGUACAGCUGGCCAACGCUGCACAACAUGUCGUAGACUGCUUGUUCAUGAAAAAGUUUACGACUCUGUUGUUGAUCAACUGCUGGAAGCAUAUAAACAAGUCAAAAUCGGGGACCCGUUAGAGAAAGGUACAUUGCUUGGACCUUUGCACACUCGAGCAUCAAGGGAGAACUUUGAGAAUGGAAUAAAAGUUAUUAAAUCGCAGGGAGGGAAAAUCCUCACAGGUGGUUCAGUUAUAGAAUCUGAAGGAAACUUUGUACAGCCUACAAUAGUUGAAAUUUCACCGAGUGCUGAUGUUGUGAAAGAAGAACUCUUUGGUCCUGUCCUAUAUGUCUUGAAAUUCAAGACUUUUGAAGAAGCUGUUGAAAUAAACAACUCGGUGCCUCAAGGAUUGUCUAGUUCUGUAUUCACACGCUCGCCUGAGGUUAUCUUUAAAUGGAUCGGGCCAAAAGGAAGUGACUGUGGUAUUGUUAAUGUAAAUAUACCAACUAAUGGUGCUGAAAUCGGUGGUGCUUUUGGUGGUGAAAAGGGUACCGGGGGUGGUCGUGAAGCAGGAAGCGACUCUUGGAAACAGUAUAUGAGACGGUCAACUUGUACAAUAAACUACGGGAGCGAACUACCACUUGCACAAGGGAUCAACUUCGGCUAGUUGAUUAGUGUCAUCUUCGGUACAAGUUGUUUCAAGCAUCGCAUCGGUGGUGGCUUGGUAUUUGCAUUUAACUGCUUGUAACCUGCAAUACUUUGAAAUGAUUAAAUAAAAGCACUUCACUUUCACUCGUUUGGAGCAUAUAGUGAUGGCUAAUUACAUAAUAAUUUCAUCCAUA